GGUUCUGGUUCCUAGUUCAGUCGAGGGGAGAAUAGGAGACAACCUGUUGCCUACCGCGCCGCCUGACGCCUCGCCAGUUGUUCAGUUGUUAGUAAACAAGUUGUGACGUGACCACUGCUCAGGUCAUAGUGUACGUGAGACAGGACAUGUUGUUUUGAGUGACUGACGGACUUAGAUGAGUGUUAGUGUAAGAUCAUGGCUCUGUCAUUGCUACGUUUUGGAGCUCGUGUGGUGACGCGCUCUCUUCCAAAGGCUAACUCAACAGGAAUUGUUUGUCUGGAGCAGGUCAAUGCAAGAUGUCACACAACCCGUAUAUCUCUAGGUAACUUCCUCAAAGCGUCCCAAUGGUUGGAACAGAGGUUGUACAGUAAGUCUGCUGCUGGAAAACGAGAAACUCAACUUGAAAAUCAAUCCGAAUCUGAUUCAGAUUCAGAUUCAGAUUUAGAUAAUGAAUCGUACAAAAAAGAAAGGGGUUCCAGUGAGUUUUGGAGGCGGAAGAUGAGAACUUUCCAUGGACUGCUGGAUAUCAACAAAGAUGGAGUGAUCUCAUUCGAUGACCUGCAAAUACUAGUAGACCGUUUUGUAGAUCUGGGUCAUCUCUCACCACAACAUCAAAAGGAGUUCUACAAUGUAAUAAAGACUAUGUGGGAAGAGCGAUGGGGCAGCAUUGGCCCUUACAACUUAGUCACCACCGAACAGUACCUGGAGGAUAUGCAUCAUGUCAUGAAUGACAAGCAACUGAGGAAGAAAGUACACAACUUCCUGCCUUACCUCUUCAAAGCUUUGGACAAGGACAAAAGUGGACUAAUCUCUGUGGAAGAGUACAAGUUAUUCUAUAAAUGCCUUGGCUUGACAGAUGAAGCUGCAAUAGUUUCAUUCAGUGUGAUUGACGAGAACUGUGAUGGCCAGCUUAGCUUGAAAGAGUUUGUCAAGCUGGGCAGAGACUUCUUCCUCUCCGAGGAUCAGGAAAGGCCCAGUAGGAUGUUCUGGGGCCCUCUGAUCCACUGAUUUUACUACAAAUGUUUGCUCUUUACUUGACCUGUUUAUACAUACUCAUUUUAUUGCUUGGGACGUGAAAUAAUAAAACAUUUAAUUUUUA